CUCAAUAUCAACUUGUAGCUUGAGUUCUAUAACAAUACAUAUAUGCAUUAGUAUAUAGUUGUAAGGUUUCAAAAUUUAAGAAGAAUAAACGAAAACAUUUUCCUGCUUUCUGGUUCGAAGUUAAAUUUCAAACAUCAUUUGAGUUAAUCGCCGUUAAAUUUGCAAACCAGCGAUCAUUCUCGAGUCGAUCGCACAUACGAAACAUCAUCUACAAUAUAAAGGUCAAAGUUUACUUAUCUUUUGCUCUAUAACGAGACAAAAGCGAAAAAACACUAAAACUUCGUCGCAUUUAUUUUAAAGUAGAAGCAGAACGGAUUUUUCUUCUUCUUGUUAAGAAUGGACGCUUCAAAAAUUACUUCCGACCACACAGAACCAUCUUCGAUGCAUGGCAGCAGCAGCAGCAAAACUUAUAAUGGUGGUUUAUCUAUGCUUAACCUUGAGAAUCCAGUCUUCUGCUGCUUUCUACUAUGGUCCAGUGUCUUGGUAGUCAAAAUGUUGUUGAUGUCUUUGCUGACAGCAUUGCAGCGUUUCCGCAACAAGAUCUUGGGUCUUAUGCCACAAUGUCUUCUUAAAAAGGUUUUUCCCAACAAAGAGGAUUUGUUCUUUAAAAAUAUUGAGGUGCAAUUUGAUGAUCCCAAUGUGGAGAGAGUACGAAGAGCCCAUCGUAAUGAUAUGGAAAACAUUCUGCCCUAUUUCACCAUGGCCUUACUCUACAUCUGUACCAAUCCAAAUCCCUCCGUAGCAUGUAAUCUUUUCCGUGUGGCUGCUGUGGCCCGUAUAAUACACACUUUAGUCUAUGCGUUCUAUCCGGUACCACAACCUUCCAGGAUAAUAGCUUUCUUCACCAUGUUUGGAAUAACCAUGUACAUGGCUUUUGUUGUUGGUUUGCAAACCUUAAAAUAUAUUUAAGCUUAAAUGUUGUUAAACAA